AUGGAAACAGACGAGGAGAGUAAUGAGGGAGACACAGAUGCAGGGAAGACAGUGUCAGUGAUGGAGGGAGAGUCUGUCACUCUACACACUGAUAUACACAGAUAUGAUGCUAAAUUUGACAGAUAUUAUAUGGAUUAUAUGGAGUGGAGUAGGUUUAGACCUGAAGAAUCUCGUAAUGUUAGAAUCAUUCAGCUUGAUGUGAAGACAGGUGAUAUUAGAUAUUAUUAUGAUGAGAGAUUCAGAGACAGACUACAGAUGAACAAUCAAACUGGAUCUCUGACCAUCAGGAACAUCAGAACCACAGACUCUGGACUUUAUCAAAUGUACAAUACAUUCUCAGUAGAGUCAUUCAAUGUUACAGUCUAUGCUCGUCUUCCCAUUCCUGUCAUCACCAGAGACUCUUCAAACUGUUCAUCCUCAUCAUCAGGAUCAUCACAGCAGAACUGUUCACUGCUGUGUUCAGUGGUGAAUGUGGGUCAUGUGACUCUCUCCUGGUACAAAGGAAACAGUUUAUUGUCCAGCAUCAGUGUGUCUGAUCUCAGCAUCAGUCUCUCUCUACCUCUGGAGGUGGAUUAUCAGGAUAACAACACCUACAGCUGUGUGCUCAACAAUUCCAUCAGCAACCAGACCACACAUCUGGACAUCAGUGGACUCUGUCAGACAUGUGCAGAUCGAGUCCACUGUUGCGGUUUCACUGAAGCUGUGAUUCGAUUGGUCAUCUCUGCUGUGGUGGGCGUGGCUACUGUUGCCAUAGUAUUUUAUGACAUCAGAUCCAGAAGAGCUGAAGCAAAAAGCAAACAUGAGGACAUAGACUCCAUUUAA